GGGUGUUUCAGUUUUCAAUUGGAAGCUUUACAUUCCGAUUGUCAUGGAACGCACCGAAAGGACCAGCAGGAGACUGUGAAGGCUUGUCAACAUCCUGUCCGCGGCUCUCCCGGACCUUACUCAUCUUGCUCACUGACCCAGCUCAAAGCCGGGUGUUCGUUUACCAUCUGAGGCCUCUCUGACAGCGGAACGUACGCUUCGGGAAGCUCGGCGCCGCACUCAUGUGAUUUUUUUUUUUUUUUUUUGGACCCAGCAGUGUAUCUGUGAGGUCGGGAGGGCCGCCGAAGUGAUGUCUGCACGAGCGAACGGCUACUUGGGCUACGGUCAGACCCCUACGCCGAACGGUGGAGUUGCUCCCCCUCGACAGAAUGGUCCAGUUCAGAGAUACAGCGCCACACAUCCUACCAUGGUUUACUAUGGAGCCCCACUUCAGCAACAGAACUACCCCACCAUCCCGUCACACUGCACUGGCGUGUCCAGCAAACCCCCCGCCACAAACAGUACUCACCAUGUAAACAACUGCUACCCGAAUCACCGUCAUGUACCACCCCCGUGCUUGGCGCCCCAGCGAGACACCGUCGCCAUACACUCCUCGGCGCCACCGCCAAGCGGCCAUUACGCCCGGUUCCAGGAGCAGCUUCCGUCCUGUGCCACUCCAGCAGGUUAUUACAGACAGACAUCAUACCAUGCACCGUCAGCUCAAUGUCAGCAGCAGGAGCCCACAUUGUUGCCGGCACCAUCUAGUGGUCCGGAGUCUCCUGUCUACCCUAUUGUUUCGUACCCGUCUGCGUCGGGGACGAGCCAGUAUGGCACUCUUGUCUCUAGCCAGACUGCCACUACGCCGAAAGUGACGCUGUACAGCAACCUCCAACCAGGUCCUAUUACAACAGCAGCAGCAGCACCUGCUGCAAUGCACCCUGGGUACAAAGAGACUCCUCCCACUCAAAUGGCACCAGCUGUAAAUGGACAAGGAAGCAGAGUCGCAAACACAGCUCACCAAAACUACGACCAUCAUGCCUCUCUAAACUACCAUUCCUAUACAAAGGGAACGCAACCGUCCUCCUCAGGAACACCGACCACAUCACUGCAUUCCUCACCAAGACACCAUGAAGGCAUGCAGUAUGGAUAUGGCGCUAAUAGUGGCGCUAGCUCGGCCUCGGGUCCAACCGCAGCCCCCUCGUCAUCCAGCUCGGAGGAUGAUGAGGAUGACGAUGAGGAAGAAGAGGAUGAGGAAGCAGGAGGUGACACAUCGUCGUCCACCACCGGCAGUGCGUCGCCGGUGCCAAACAGCUAUGAUUCCCUGGAAGGAGGCAGUUAUCCAGAUUCUGUGCCAGCUUCCGCCAAUAUGACCAAUCGCUACAGUAGCUAUGGUUACCCCGGUGCGCAGCCGGUUUAUCAGCAUGGACCAACCUCACUCGCGGACUCGCCAGCUUCUCGGGACCUUCUUGGACCGACGGGCUACCAGCAGUACUCCCAGCCUUUUCCGAGUAUGUCUCAGCUGUCUGCGGCCCUGGGAGGUCUGAGUGGGGUCCCAGAGCUGGAGGUUGAGGCGCUCAGGCCUCUCAACCUGCUGCAGGAGAGGAAUCUCCUCCCCCCAAGACCUUUGGAGGCCCCUGAACCCAACCUGAGUUCCGAGCUUAAAAAGGUCAACUGCAGCCCACAGACAUUCCGGUGUACCCUGACCAGCAUUCCUCAAACGCAGGCUCUGCUCAAUAAGGCCAGACUGCCUCUUGGCCUCCUCCUUCACCCCUUCAGAGAUCUACAGCAACUACCAGUCAUCACGUCUAACACCAUUGUGCGCUGUCGCCACUGCCGCACCUACAUCAACCCCUUUGUUACCUUCCUGGACCAGCACCGGUGGAAGUGUAACCUCUGCUAUCGGAUCAACGAUGUACCUGAUGAGUUCAUGUACAACCCGGUAACGAGGUCAUACGGCGAACCCCACAAGAGACCUGAAGUCCAGAACGCCACUGUGGAAUUCAUCGCCUCCUCAGACUACAUGUUACGCCCCCCUCAGCCAGCAGUCUACCUGUUCGUGCUGGAUGUUUCACAGAGUGCAGUGGAAAGCGGCUACCUGAAAUAUUUCUGCGAGUCGCUCCUAGAGAAUCUGGAUAAGUUGCCCGGAGACUCUCGUACCAAAGUGGGAUUCCUCACUUUUGACAGCAGCGUCCAUUUCUACAACCUCCAGGAGGGAUUGUCUCAGCCUCAGAUGCUGGUGGUGACUGAUAUUGACGAUGUAUUCAUACCAUCUCAUGACAGUCUAAUGGUGAACUGGAAGGAGAGUAAAGAGCUUAUCAAAGACCUGCUGACCUCCCUCCCUGCCAUGUUCAGCCAGAGCAGGGAGAUGCACAGCGCGCUGGGCCCUGCCCUGCAAGCCGCCUUCAUGCUCAUGUCACCCACCGGCGGGCGGGUCAGCGUGUUCCAGACAAAGCUUCCCACGUUGGGCGUCGGCUCACUGCAGUCCAGGGAGGACCCCAGCCAGCGCUCCAGUGCCAAGGGAGUGCAGCAUCUUGGCCCCGCCACAGACUUCUACAAGAAAUUUGCACUGGAUUGCUCAGGACAACAGAUAGGUGUUGAUCUUUUUCUUCUCAGCUCACAGUACGCUGACCUGGCUACGCUUGCGUGCAUCUCCAAGUACUCUGCGGGCAGCAUCUUCUACUACCCUUCCUUUCAGCACAUCCACACCCCAGCCCAGUUGGAGAAGUUCCAAAAGGAUCUUGAGCGCUACCUCAGCAGGAAGUUGGGCUUUGAGGCAGUCAUGAGAAUACGAUGUACAAAAGGAUUAUCUAUCCACACAUUCCACGGCAAUUUCUUUGUGCGCUCCACCGACCUGCUGUCCCUCGCUAACGUCAACCCGGACUCGGCCUUCGCUGUCCAGAUGUCGGUUGACGACUCGCUGGUUGACUCUUCUCUGGCGUGUUUCCAGGCGGCUCUGCUUUACACGUCCAGUAAAGGCAAGAGGCGUAUCCGGGUCCACACUCUUUGUCUACCUGUGGUCAACCAGCUGAGCGACGUGUACGCCGGCGCCGAUAUCCAGGCCAUUACUUGCCUGCUGGCAAACAUGGCGAUCGACCGCUCCGUUUCAUCCAGCCUGCUGGAUGCUCGGGACGCCUUGACAAACGCAGCGGUGGACUUCUUGAGCGCCUACAAAAAUAACGUGUCCAACCUGCAGCAGUCUGGCCUUGUGGUGCCCGCCGGAAUGCGCCUUUUCCCGCUGUACAUCCUCUCUCUGCUCAAACAGAUAGCAUUUCGUACGGGAACGAGCACACGCCUGGACGAGCGUGUCUUCGCCAUGUGCGAGUUCAAGACGCAGCCGCUGCAGCAGCUGAUGCGGAUGGUACACCCCGACCUGUAUCGUCUGGACAACAUGUCUGAUCAGGGAGCGCUUCACCUCAACGACACGCUGGUCCCGCAGCCGCCGCUCCUCCACCUGUCUGCCGAGAGGCUGAGCAGAGAUGGCGCGUUCCUCAUGGACUGCGGCAGCGUGUUUUACCUUUGGGUUGGCAAAUGCUGCAAUGAGCUGUUCAUCCGAGAUGUUCUGAACUCCCCUAACUAUGCUUCAAUCCCCCCUAAUAUGAGUUGCAUUCCUGAGCUGCGCACGCCGUUGUCUGAGAGGGUGCGAGCGUUCCUCGACUGGCUGCAGGACAACAGAGCUUUCAGCUCCAUCGUGCAUGUCGUCAAGGAUGAUGCUUCAGCGAAAGCGACGUUCUUCCAGCACCUGGUGGAAGAUUGCUCUGAGUCAGCACCCUCCUACUGUGAGUUCCUGCAGCAUAUCCAGCAGCAGGUAUCCUAGUCACAAGCACAGGAUUGUUGCAGAAACACUAGUAUGAUUGGACCACGCUAGGGGAGCUGAGCAAGGGGGGAACGAAACCCCACGAAGAAACCUCUCCCGCUCUCUCGUAGCUUCUCGAAAUGGGACUAGAAGGGAAAACGGAGCCAAGAAGAUGCCACUUUUGUCGUAGCGCUGUAGUGCUGUCCUUUAUUGUUCAUCAUGUUACAAAAUUUGACUGUGUCUGGAUUGAAAACACUGAAGAUGAAGCGCAUUUUACUGACUUGCACUAUGGAAAAUUAUUUUCCUGUCUGGAAGAACUGGUAGCGAUGUGAUGUUGGUUACCCGUCACUGACCAAUCAUGGGAGGUGGGGGGCGACAGAAAAUUCCUUUGUCAGCAAACAAGUGCCCUCCCACCCAUUCCAGCGCUAAGUGUACUAUCCUCUUUGUAACUACUGAAAAGAAAUCUUUUACGAGCGAUAAUUUAUGAAGCAGCUUAAAAUAAAAAUGGCAAAACCAA